AUGUCAAAUUGCGAGGCCUAUAAUAUUUUGGCUCUUUCAGAUAUUGACGAAUGCUCUGAAGGAAACUUCAGUUGUCAUCCAAAUGCAACUUGUGUCAAUAAUAAUGGCUCAUACACCUGUCAAUGUAAAAACGGACAUGAGGGGGAUGGAAAACAGAACUGCACAGGUACAAAGCUUUUUAUGAAAACAAUUCGUUAUUUUCUAUACAUCUAAAUAUUUCUAAUGUCUACUAUCUUACAAUUAUUCAGAUAUUGAUGAAUGUUCUGAGGAGUGGAGAAACGAAUGUCAUUUGAAUGCAAAUUGUUCAAACACUCCAGGUUCAUAUGAAUGCGAAUGUCAUGCUGGAUAUCAUGGACAUGGACGUACUUGCACAGGUAUACUGUAUUUCAGUAAAAGAACCACUAACUCUAAAUAUACAUUUCUAAUCAGUAUAUAUAACCCACAGAAGUAAACCCAAUAAUAUUUUGACCAUUUCAGACAUUGAUGAAUGCAUUGGAGGAAACUUCAUUUGUGAUCUGAAUGCAACUUGCAACAAUACUCAGGGCUCAUACAACUGCCAAUGUAAAAGCGGAUACGAGGGGGAUGGAAAACAAAACUGCACAGGUAUGAAGCUUCCCAUGAAAUCCAUGUUUUUAAGUCCAUCGUGAACAACACGACGAAAGCGAAAUUCAAUUUUCGUUGUAUAGCAUUAACCUGCACCUAAUUUCUAAAGUUGAUUUGUAGUGAUAUUUCUUCUUCUGAUUGAUGAGAACGAGUAGAUGGGUUAUGAAUGUUCAGAUAAAGAUACACAUACUCAAAACAUUCAUAACUCAUCUACUCGUCUACAUCUAUCAGAAGUAGAAAAUUGCACUACAAUUCGCAGCAAAAAUUGGAAGUGUAAGCAGGCCUUAAAACUAACCAACGAUUACAGUUACGUAUUCGAUUAACCCUAACACAGAGUACUGAAAGCUAAACAAUUUUGAACUAUAAUAUUUUGGUUGCACAGGUAUAAAGUUUUUUUGUGAAAACAAUCCAUAACUUUCUUUGAUUCAGUCAUUGUAUAUAUCUAAAGAUUUCUAAAGACCAAAAUCGUACAAUUACUUAGAUAUUGAUGAAUGUUCUGAGGAGUCGACUAACGAAUGUCAUUUGAAUGCAACCUGCUCAAACACUCCAGGUUCGUAUGAAUGCGAAUGUCGAGCUGGAUAUCACGGACAUGGACGUAACUGCACAGGUAUACUGCUUUUCAGUGAAAGAGCCACUGACUCCAAAUAUAUAUUUCUAAUCAGUAUAUAUAACCCACAGAAUAAAGCUAAUAAUACUUUGACCAUUUCAGACAUUGAUGAAUGCACUGGAGGAAACUUCACUUGUGAUUCGAAUGCAACUUGCAUCAAUACUCAAGGCUCAUACAACUGUCACUGUAAACACGGAUACAAAGGGGAUGGAAAACAGUACUGCAUAGGUAUAAGAUUUUCUACAAAACAAAUUUAUUGUUCAAUCAUAGAAAACACGUAGCGAAAUUCAAUCUUCAUUAUAGCAUUGACCUGCGCCUAACUUGAACAACUAAUCGACCGUUACGGUUUCACACCUUGACGAAUGCUCUGAAUGAAACUUCACAUGUCACUCAAAUAUCUGAAUAGCUCUAAGACGAAAUGUAAUACAUGUAUAUCAUUGUAAGAAAAACCCUCAUCUUCACCUUAAUUACAUUACAGAACACGUAGUUAGUAUAUGCAGAUACCUGUAGAAAACUUUCUGCUGGGGUUUAUAAAAAAAUUUUUCAAGAAAUAUUGUGACAUAUAUUAUCCUUGAAGAAAGGACAAUUAUUAUGCCAUGCCUAAAAAAAUUAAUCUGGUCGACCAGAAACAACGAUAUCAUCGCAUUUAGCUACCACGGAUAAUCAACUAUGUUCUACUUGUAAACAUAAAUAAUGACCUGUGAUGAUGAGGAUGUCAGUGUAUUUUAGAAAAAUUAUAAGUGUAUUAUUAUUCACGUUGGCGCUGAAUAUUUAUGAUUCCCGCGUACAUUAUUUGAGGACAUGACCCACUCUAGCUUGGCUCAUGUAAACAAAAUAAAUUAUGACCCUGACACUGACAAAGUAGUACAAUUUACUAUUUGCAGUUGAAGCCAUUUUUAACGUGAUAUGCGAAUCAGUAAGAUCUUAUUUUCCUCAUCUGUUGCAUAGUUGACCAUUGUGCACAUCAACCAUGUAACUCCAAGGAAAAAUGUAUCAGUGGAUCUUCUUACGAGUGUAUAUGUCUCAAUGGAUAUUUUGGACAACAGAAAACAUGUUCAG